GCAUGCGCAGUGGCGACUCCGGGAAGGAUCUCUCGCGAGGAAGGACGCCAUUAUCGCAGCCGCCCGAGGAUCCCAAACACCACGAGAAUUCGGCAAGGCAAACGGGAACUCUGGAGGGACAGUGUUGAAAAAUACUUGGCUCUAGAACUGGGACUGAGAGCUGGAAUGCAAUACUGCAGGAGCUGAAUUGUGGAAACUCUGGAGACCAAAGAGCAAAACCUGAUUCAGUUCAGCCGAAAGAAGCUUCCAAAUCUCAUUUUGCACUGACAAAGAGAUCCUACAAGAGCGCAUCACUUCCAGGUGUUACUUUUCCUAUAAUCAGAUCUGCAUGAAUUAACGGAUCUCCUUGGGUCAAACACUGCGGCCUGUUUCUGAAUGAUGACAGAACAGGAUUUAGCGGAUGUGGUUCAGAUUGCUGUGGAGGACUUGAACCCAGAUCAUCCAGUUGUGUUGGAAAACCACGAAGUGACAGAUGAAGAUGUAGACCCACCUUUAAAACGGCAGCGGAUAGAAAUUAAUUGCCAAGAUCCCUCCAUUAAGUCGUUUCUGUAUUCCAUCAAUCAAACAAUAUGCCUGCGAUUGGACAGCAUUGAAGCCAAACUCCUUGCCCUGGAUGCCACCUGCAAAUCUCUGGAAGAGAAACUGGAUCUUGUCAUGAACAAGCAGCAUAGUCCCAUUCAAGUCCCCAUGGUUGCGGGCUCCCCACUUGGCGCUACCCAAACAUGCAACAAAGUGAGAUGCGUCGUUCCCCAGACCACAGUAAUACUCAACAAUGAUCGUCAGAACUCCAUUGUGGCCAAGAUGGUAGGACAGGAAGAGCCAUUGAACAGAGCGGCAGAUUCAUUGGAAAAUAUCCUGAACACUGCUGUUCCUGGGCGGAGGCAGAACACAAUUGUGGUGAAAGUCCCAGGGCACGAAGACAGUCACAAUGAAGAUGGAGAGAGUGGUUCUGAAGCCAGUGACUCGGUUUCCAACAGUGGUCAGUUAGGAAGCCAGAAUAUCGGGAACAAUGUAACGCUCAUCACGCUGAAUGCUGAAGAGGACUAUCCCACUGGGACGUGGCUCGGAGAUGAGAACAACCCUGAGAUGCGGGUGCGUUGUCCCAUCACACCAGCAGACAUGCUCCACAUCAGCACCAACUGCCGGACCGCUGAGAAAAUGGCAUUGACAUUGCUGGAUUAUCUCUUCCAUCGGGAAAUCCAGGCCAUCUCCAACCUUUCAGGGCAGGGAAAGCACGGGAAGAAGCAGCUAGAUCCUCUCAUGAUAUACGGCAUCCGUUGUCAUCUUUUCUAUAAGUUUGGCAUCACUGAAUCUGACUGGUACCGGAUCAAACAGAGCAUAGACUCCAAAUGUCGGACGGCUUGGCGGCGAAAGCAACGAGGCCAAAGCCUUGCAGUGAAAAGCUUUUCAAGACGGACACCUUCUUCCUCCUCUUACAGCGGCUCCGAGAGUACUCAGAGUACGACAUCAGCCCCGAACGAAAUACAAGCCAGCCAGCCGCAAGCCCUUCACUACGCUUUGGCCAAUGCGCAGCAAGUCCAGAUCCACCAGAUAGGAGAAGAUGGCCAAGUCCAAGUAGGUCACCUUCACAUUGCGCAGGUGCCACAAGGCGAGCAAGUCCAGAUCACGCAAGACAGCGAGGGUAACUUGCAGAUCCACCAGGUUCACGUCGGACAAGAUGGACAGGUGCUUCAGGGUGCGCAGUUGAUUGCCGUCGCCUCUUCCGAUCCUGCAGCUGGUGGCGUUGAUGGAUCUCCACUCCAAGGGAGCGAUAUCCAAGUCCAGUACGUCCAGCUGGCGCCCGUGACGGACCACUCGGCCGCUAACCAAAAUGCAGAUUCUCUUCCAUCGGCGAUCCAGCCAGAAAUGCAAAUAGACCACGGAGCCAUUCAGAUCCAGUGAGACGAAGGCCGCAGGACGAGGAGGAGCAGCCAUGGAGGCUCCACUCCCCUUGGCCUUGGCAGCUAAAGAUUUCAUCCAACACUCAAGCGGAAAAGCAAGUAUGUAGCUCCUCAGCCCGGACGUGGACGUUCUCCUUUGACUUCUCCCGUACAUAUGUGCGUGGACCCACCUCCAUUGGUCUCAUGGUGUGGACCCAACACACAAACAGAAAGGAUGGCCUUCAUGUCCCAGGCAUCUCAUGCGCAACGCUGUUGGAGACGCCGCUUUGUUCAGUCCAGAGCAAAGGCCAUGGUUUAGCCACUCCUGAAGAAACUAACCCAGACCUUGCUGAAAGGCAAAAAAACCCCAAACCCUCACUAAUCUUAAUUAAUUAAAAACAUAACAAAUGAAUCAAAGUACCACCACUUCAUCUCUCAUUGGUGUCUGUACAUACCUUAUCAGACACCCACUUGUCUAGCGGCACACACUUUAUCACAAGAGUGAGAAUCGAGAAUGCAAGUAUAUUUUUAAUUUGCUGUGUUUAUAUCAAAAGAGAGAGAGAGAAUGAGAGAGAAAGAUGUAUUUAAGAAAUGAACUGGGGAGGGAUGGGGCAGACCAUUAUUACAAAAGUUAUCUCUUGUUUUGCUGCAGGUAUUUUUUGUUGUUGUUGUUGUUCUGUUCCAGUAUAAUUAUCCAAUAUUUGCAAAAAAAGAGGAAAAGGAGAGAAAAAAAUAUCCCCAUCGUAUACACACAACCAACCUUUGCCUUUUUGUUUUGUUGCUUAACUACUUUUCUAAAGAGAAAAAAAACCCUACUAUCUAACCUUGUAAUUAUGCAUUUCUAAAGAAAUAAAGGUGUAUUUAUGAAGACCA